AUGAAGCACCCAAAUACUUCCGAGCUUUGGGUAAAGAUUUCUGGUUAUAAGUUGAGGUUUAGUAUCGAGGAGUUCGCUGUCGUUAGUGGGUUAAAGUGUGUGGGCGAGUGUAACACCCUUUCAUUUUCAACUUCUGAAAAUACUCUGAUCCAAACGUACUUUCCUAACUGUGAGAUUACUAGAGAUGGUUUGGGUUUUUUAAUACUGAGUAAGGCAUUUAAGACUGAUGAAGAUGCUGUGAAGUUGGCUGUGAUAUACAUGUAUGAGUGUUUUUUGUGUUCUAAUGAAUCAACAUAUCAACAUGUCAGUCGGUUUUUACUGGAUAUGGUGGAUCGUGGUGAUUAUAAUUCGUUUCCUUGGGGAAUAUUGGUGUUUCGUGCUACUAUUUGCGAUAUGAAGAACCGAGCUGCUGCAAAGAAGAUUCUUCAAUUUUACAGGCUUAAUGGCUUUUCGUUGGCGUUGCAAUUGUGGUUUUAUGAAGUUUGUCCAUAUGCGACCAACAAAAUAUGCCUGUUAGAUGAAUCUGCUCCUUCUGUUCCGCGAAUGUUGAAGUGGUACAAUGUUGAUAUGAAAUUAAAGAAGAAGUACUUAAAUGAAACUUUCUAUUGCCAAUCACGGGAACAGUUGCAAUUGAAGAAUAUUACUCCUACGCUUGAAGAGAAAUCUACUCUGAUGCUAACUGGUUUUUUCCAGUCUGGGAAGAAAAAACUUGUUGAAGAUGUUGAAGAUUCAAGUGAUGAUGAGCAAAUUCUAGGCGAUUUCAUUAAACUGAAGAAGGGCGAAUCGUCAAAGCAAAAAAAGACCAUUGAUCAACAUUUUUCGUUUGCUGGUGAUGUUGAUCUAAAUGAUGCUACAAAUGUUAAUGUCAAAGAUGGCUAUGUGAAAGUUGGCGAAGAGAAUGAAGAAGAAGUUUUUAAUAGAACUACGGCUGCUGCUAAGAAGCAAUUUGUCGAUGAUCUAUUUACUGAGAUGCAGGUUCAAGAUAAUGCUGCCAAUAAUGACGAUGCUGCCAAUAAUGACGAUUCUGGACCUGCGUUGACUGAAAUUGAGAGUGAUGGUAUUGUAAGGGACUUAUCCAUGGGUGAUAAGCAAGACACUGAGGAGAAUGAAUAUGGUGGAGCUGGUUUGGAGGGUAAUGUUAAUGAGAAUGUUGUUGGGAAUAGAAGAGAAGUUGAUGAUGAUGGUGGGGCUGGUCUUAGUGUUUUUCCUGCGAGUGAUACUCUUCCAAAUUUAUCUGAGCUUGUUUUUGAGAAGGAUAAGGGUGGUAGUUCUUCUCAUAUUGUGGCUGAUGACAUUACACCACAAGAUACAAAGAGGAUUGUGAGGCCAAGUCGUUUGGUACAAUCUCCUUUUCUUGCCCAAUUUAGUUCUGGAGAUAGUGAAGUUAAGGAUGUUGGAGAAUGUUUUGUUGUGAGUAAGCUGUUUGUUUUUGAUAAAAACAUUGGGGAUCUACUUAUGUCUGCUCAAUUGGUGGAGUACGAAAAAUGGAUUAAUUGUGGAAAAUUGAAGAUUGCUAAAGCGAAAGAAGGAAGGUAUUACAAGGAAGUUGUGAGCAAAGUUGAUCCGCCCUUUGAUUUUGGUGUUGGUGAAGUUAGUACGAAAGAUUGGUUUCACAUACUUCAUUUCGGGAAUAUGCCUCUGGAAGAUUUGCAUAUGGAUGUGCUGUUUUAUUACUUGAGGAAAAAAAGGAAGUAUGACCAGAGUUUGACAAUGAAGUUUACAACAACGGACACUUUAUUUGACCAAAAUUUUCAAUCAUUUGCAAAGGUCUUUGUGGAAGGUGUAUUUGACAAAGGUCUUCUGUCUCCUGACCAUAUUAUUGCUCAGUACAUGAAAGGGUAUUAUAUGCGUGCAAAUACUGCUUGGAAGGACUGCGAGUGUAUAUUUACUCCUUAUCAUGUAGCAGACAACGAUCAUUGGGUGCUUCUAGUGUUGAAUUUGAGUUUGAGGAGGUUGACUGUUUAUAACUCUAUGCGUACAGCUCCUAGUACAGCGUCAGCCAAGAAGAUUGCUAGUCUUUAUUCAACUAUCCUCCCUUAUUUCCUGAUCAUGUCUGAUGUCUUCAGUCUCAAUCCAUAUUGUGAUAUGCAUUCACCAUUCUACACUGCGCAAGGGCUUACGGAUCCAAUUGAAUUGAUAUUUGAAGACAAGUUGCCGCAUCAAGAGUUCAGUGACUGUGGAGUUUUUGCUUAUUCCUUUGCUGAAUACAUUGCCUAUGGGAGGGAGAAUGAUAUUGCGAAAGGUUUCAAUGUGAAUGACCAGCGUCGUCGUUUAUCAUUUGCUUUGUAUAAGUAUGGUAUGUGGAAGACUGAGAACAAUGUGGUCAGCUCAUCAGAGGCUUGUACACUGAAGCAAAGAGGAAGAGCAAAGGGCAAGAAGCAUGCUUAUAGAGGCAAUAGGGGAAAGUGAUUUGUAGGAAAGAAACUGAUGUAGUUCUUUUUAUGUUUUUUAUUUUAAGAUUAAACGUUGUUGUUCACGAUACAAUUUAUGGAUUUGAUUUGUAGUUGAUGGUUUUUUAAGCAAACAUCUUGAAUUUCCUUUUGA